CACGUGCUGCAGGACAACACAAAGUCCGCAAUUUCAUUAAAAAUCCCUUAAAAUAAUAAUGUGCAUCGACUCACAGGCAGUCACAAAUGCUCAGAACAAAUCGCUGAAACAGGAAAUGGCAACAGAAACGAUGACAACUGACGACAAACUUGAAAUUAAGAAAUUAACUGGCGGCUCGCUUGUUGAUUUCAAGCCAGUUUUCUCGCGAGACGGAGAGUACAUUUUUGUCAUUUCCAAGGAUCUCGUGAAAUGCUACAACGCAGUAACCGCCGAAUGGGUUCGAGAUUUGUGUCCAGAGACAGAAAAUCCCUUAAUUUCUGCUGAAAUCGACAAAUCGCAGAGACACAGAUUGAUCGUAUGUGACAAUUCGGGCAAUUUAUCGCAUUGGCAAUGGAAAACGGGGCUUUUGGAGACGAAAUCAAAGUUAAAUUUCCACAAAAUUUUGUCCUUCAAUCUUGUUUACUUCAAAAAUUAUGCUGUCGUUGUCGCUGAAAACGAAAAUGGCAAAGUCGAAGUGUCUUGUGUUAAUUAUAUCGACGGCAAAGUACUUCACAACUACGAUUUACCUGAUUUUCGGGAUUCUCAAACCUUUUCUGUGUCAGUAGCUGCCAAAGGAUUAAAUUAUUUCUGCAUUACGCAAGGCUCCCGAUUAUUUACCAUCGAUAUUCAGUCCACAAAAGCCCGAAAAAUGUAUAAGAAUGAGUUCAAAGAUCAUUUUACGACGGUAGUUUGUCAUCCGGAGCAUGAUACAAUAGCUACGGGAGACGUUCGUGGCAGAAUUCGACUAUGGCGGAAUGUCUUGAACAACGAAGGACGUCCCAAAAUCGAUGUUUAUCAUUGGCAUCACACGCCAGUCGAGUCAAUUGCCUUCAGUUGUUCGGGCACGAUUUUUUAUAGCGGCGCAAGUGAAGCUGUUCUCGUCAAAUGGAUCAUCAAUGAACCGAAUAACAAAACUUUUUUGCCUCGCAUGUCGUCAGCAAUUGCACAUAUCGCGGUUGGAGGAGAAAAUUCGAAAAUUGUAGUUGCGACGAAAGAUAAUGCGAUACAUUUUUAUGAUGCGCAGUUGUCACUUCUCAGCAUGAUUCAGAAUUUUACGUGGAUGCCAAAUGAUUUUACGGGAGUGAAUCCGUUUCCGGUUGGAUUGCAAGUCAAUCCACGAACACAAUCUAUCGUUUUGAAUGGCAGAUCGGGGCAUUUGCAGUUCUUUUCGACACACACAAAUUCACUUUUGUACAAUCUCGACAUAACAGACCAAAAUUACCAAUGUCCUGAACAAAACAAGCUCGUUUUCAACACUCGCGUCACUCAAUGUGCCCUUAACAUCAAUUGGAUGGUAACUUCUGAAGUUUGGGAUGAUUUUGAGCACACAUCUGAGGUUCGCAUGAAAUUCUGGCAAUAUUGCGAAAGCAAACAAUCGUUCGUCUUAAACACAAAUGUCGAACAACCUCAUGACAAAGGCAUCAACAAACUUCAAUUUUCAAGCACGCACUCCAUGAAGAACUUAUUGUGCGCUUCUGUUGGCAAAGACAACACUUUAAAGCUUUGGGCUCUCGAGGAUUCAAAAAAUAUUUAUCGACAAGGCAAAGUUUGGAUGAACGUCGCUGUCAUUACCUACAAAAAUCGUCCCGUGCAUUCAACCGCCUUCAGUUCUGAUUGUUCGCUGUUAGCAGCUGGCUUCGGAAAUACUUUGUGCAUCUUCGACACGGAAACGUUACAGAUGAAAUGUGCUUUGACGGCACCAAAUGCGGCAGAUGGAAGCGCAAAUAAAGUACAAAUCAACAUUGGAAAGGAGAAAAAAUCGAAAAAAACUGAAGAAAUGUUGAACAAACGUCAAUUUUAUUUGAACCAAGCGAAAUUGAUGCUCAAGGGAGAGAAACAUGAGUUGAUGAAAGACGUCACGGCAGAAGCUAAAAGGAAUGUAACUCUCAAUAAAUUGAAAAAACUCGAAAAAUUGAGUGAAAGUCAACGCGAAAGUGCAUUUUCACAAAUUAUGUCACUCUCUGAUUUGAGUUUCGACCAAAAAAUUAACGCCUUGCAGACUCUGGACUUGCAAUUUGACGUUUUUGGGCUCAAAAAAGACAUCGCGGAGCAUUUGUACAAACGAAGAACGACAGUUAAACAAGUUUUACGUCAAUUGCCGGGUGAUUUGAGGAAAUUGAAGCGCGAUCAAAAGUUCCAAAAGCUCGCGACUUAUUCGUUACUGCAACGACGACGUGUGAAAAAUAACGAAAAACAAGGAAAACUCAAGUGGUUCGAGCAUUUUGUGGAAUCGCAAUUGCCGGAUUACGUCAAACGUAGUUUCAAAAUUAAAGAAAAUGCAGAAAAUGCGGAAAAUGAGGAAAAAUCGUUGCCAUUAAAAGCUCCCGUUCAAAUAAAAAAUAUUUUGUUCGGAAAUGAGGAUCAUUGUCACCUGGUUUGCGUUUGUACCGACACAAAAAUUUUAGUUUGGAAUUUGCUGACCUUGAGACUUCAGUCAAGUUUCAAUUAUUCGACGAAAUUCGCAAGUAUCGACACCCAAACCAACUUUAUCGCAGUUUUUUCGGAGGAAAAUCAACUUCUCGUCUUUCACAUUAAUUCGGCGCACGUCGUUUAUUGUCGUCGCAACAUGGAAGAUCUCUACGGCAUGACUUGGGUGCCUCGACGUUACCCAAAAGCGCGUUUUAAUUCGCUCGAUUGGCAGGCGGCGUCGCAACUUUACUUCCUAAACACCCGACAAGAGCUAAUUUACAUCGAUGCCGAGUCCAAUGACGCCUCCACGCAAAAAUCCAAACUUUAUCUGAACAAUUUGGAUGAACGACAAACGAAUUAUAGCACUCCGUUCGCGGCAAUUAUCGCUGACAAGUCAACAAAUUCGGCGAAAAAGGACUUUCAGUAUUGGAGUUCGAAUCAACUUGGCAUGCAGGGCGAGUCAGUAGUAAAAGAGCUUAAACGUUUCCAAUCCCACACAAUGGCUCCGUUGCAUCUCUUGAGCAACAAUUUCAUCCUCAGUUUAUCGAAAAAAUCCACGGAAAAAGUCACGGAAGAACCUAAAGACCUAAAAUCCGAGAUGACAGCGGAAGAAAAUGCGGAAUUAACCAGUAGCGGCUUCGACGAAGAGGAAUUUGAAGAGGAUUCAACGCUAUUUUUGGACCGAAAAGAGCUGAUUUUGAAGAUGGAAGCCACGAAAAACAUGAAAAUUAAAGACUCCAAUGCGGAAUUUGUCACGACGAAAGGCAACUUCGACUUUAACUUUUAAUUUCACUUUUUUUUCUAGACGUUUUUGCUGUAAAUAAAUAAAAAAAAAUAUAUUUCUUUUUUGAAGAAUUA